UAAUGGAUUGUGGAUUUUUAACCCCAAAUAAUUAAGAACUCCAUUUUAUCAUGGUGUUGAAAUUAUUAGAUGUUCUAGAAACAUGUUAAAAAAUUAAAUUAAUCUAUUUUAUCAUUAUGCAAUACUUGCUAAAAUAAUAGAAAGAGACAAAAUGUUAACUAAUAUGUGAAGUACAAUUUGGAAUAUAUGGAAAUGGGGAUGAAGUUAUUUUUGAAAGAGAAACGUUUGAUAAGGCUAUGUUCAUACGUUACCCUACUGAUUCAUUGAAAGAAAGAAAACACUAAGGUGACUCACCUAACUGUCAUCCUUGUUUCGUUAGUUAGAGGCAUGCCAGGGAAGUAACACAAGGUGGACAAAAUUUUCAUACUCUCUUCACCUUCUAUUCAAACAAAUCUCCUUACAUGUACAUGCAAAUGCUUCUCUCUCUUUUUCUCUCAACUCUCUCCUCUUCUCUUUUUCUCCCAUUAUUUCAAUGCCCUCAUGGGAAAAACCAAAAUUUCCAAUCUCUUUGCCAAUGGCAGCAGUCAUUACAUUCUUCCUAAAUCCAAUACUAUAAGGCAAACACUUGUAGACCGACCAAGUUCCCACAAAGAUCGCUUUCCCUUUUCACUCUUUGGACUCUUUCGCCGCUUCAUUCCUUCAAGAAAAGUCGAUGGAGGCUCAAAAACCGAGGACGAGCAGAAAGUCUACUCUUGGUUAUACACUUUGGCUCAGACUGACAAGAACUUGGUCUUUGAGUACGUUAGGUCCACUGAAAGAGGCUUAAGUUUCAGAGAAGCAGAGAGGAGACUUCGGGAAAAUGGGCCAAAUGUUCCACUUGAGUAUUCCUUUCCAAGAUGGUGGAGUCUUCUAUGGAACGCUCUUUUUCACCCUUUUAAUAUCAUUCUGAUUAUUCUGUCAGUUAUGUCAUUCAUUGCCCGUGACAGUCCAAAUGGAUUUAUCAUGCUCGUGUUGGUUUUCAUCAGUGUGACCCUCCGUUUCUAUCAGGAAUACAGCAGCUCAAAAGCAGCAAUGAAGCUUUCAGAAUUUGUAAAAUGUCCAAUAAAAGUUCAAAGAUGCGCUGGUAGAGUUGUUCAGAAAGAACUUAUUGUUCAAGUUGAUCAUAGGGAUGUAGUUCCAGGUGACAUUGUAAUUUUUGAACCUGGAGACCUCUUUCCUGGAGAUAUCAGAUUGUUAUCUUCCAAACAACUUGUUGUAAGCCAGGCCUCACUAACUGGGGAAUCUUGGACAACUGACAAAGCUUCUGAUAUCAGAGAAGACUACAAUACUCCUUUAUUGGAUUUAAAAAACAUCUGUUUCAUGGGCACAAACGUGGUAUCAGGUACUGGAACAGGCCUAGUGGUUUCAACUGGAUCCAAGACUUACAUGAGCACCAUGUUUUCAAAAGUUGGGAAGAAGAAGCCACCAGAUGAUUUUGAAAAGGGUCUCAGAUGGAUAUUUUACUUGAUUAUUUCUGUUAUGCUAGUAGUUGUCACCAUCCUGUUUGUGGUAAAUUACUUGACAUCUCUUAAUUUGACCCAAAGUGUUAUUUUUGCCAUCUCUGUUGCAUCUGUUCUGAAUCCUCAGAUGCUUCCUCUCAUCAUUAACACAUGCCUUGCAAAAGGAGCACUUGCUAUGGCUAAAGACAGGUGUAUAGUAAAGAGUUUAACAUCUAUACGCGAUAUGGGAUCAAUGGAUAUUCUUUGUAUUGACAAGACAGGCUCCCUUACAAUGAAUCAUGCAGUCAUGGUUAAUCAUCUUGAUUACAGGGGUUUACCCCAAGAAAAAGUUUUACGCUAUGCCUUCCUCAACUCUUACUUUAAGACUGAUCAAAAGUAUCCUCUGGAUGAUGCUAUUCUGGCAUUUGUAUAUUCAAAUGGAUUCAGGUUUCGGCCAUCACUGUGGAGGAAAAUAGACGAGAUUCCUUUUGACUUCAUAAGAAGAAGAGUAUCUGUCAUCUUAGAAACAGAAGACAGACACUCAAAAUUCUUUGGCAGGUUCAUGGUAACAAAAGGAGCACUAUUAGAAGUAUUGAAAGUUUGUUCUUUCAUUGAGAAUUUCGAACAAGAUGAAAUUUCCCCCUUCUCUUUCGAUGAUUAUCAGCGUAUUUUAAAUCUUUCAGAAGAUAUUAGCAAUGAAGGGUUAAGGAUUCUAGGAGUAGCUAUAAGGAAGCUGGAAAUGGAGCACCUCAGUGACUAUUUCAGAUUACAUGUGACAUUGCAGACGCAAACAUGUGAAACAAGUAAUGGAAGCAAGAGAGAAGACGAGGAUAUCGAAAAAGACAUGGUGUUCCUUGGCCUCAUAACAUUUUUCGACCCACCUAAGGACACAGCAAAGCAAGCAUUGUGGCGUUUGUGUGAGAAGGGAGUGAAAGCAAAGGUUUUAACUGGUGAUUCCCUCUCCCUGACAACAAGGGUAUGCAGAGAAGUUGGCAUAAGCACCGAUCAUGUAAUAACAGGUCCUGAACUAGAGCUACUUGACCAAGACACGUUCCAUGAGACAGUUAAAAGAGCCACAGUACUAGCACGUCUCACUCCAAUUCAGAAACUCCAUGUGGUGCAAUCCUUGCAAACAGUUGGAAACCAUGUUGUUGGGUUCUUAGGAGAUGGAGUGAAUGACUCACUGGCUUUAGAUGCUGCGAAUGUAAGCAUUUCUGUGGAUUCAGGAGUAGCCAUUGCAAAAGACAUGGCAGAUAUUAUCUUACUUGAGAAAGACCUGAACGUGCUUGUUGCGGGAGUGGAGCAUGGUAGAUUCACUUUUGGCAACACAAUGAAGUAUGUUAAGAUGUCAGUGAUUGCUAACUUGGGAAGUGUCAUUUCACUCCUCAUAGCAACACUGAUAUUCAAGUAUGAGCCCUUAACUUCUACACAGCUUCUGACACAGAAUUUCAUCUACAGUGUGGGACAGAUAGCCAUCGCCUGGGACAAGAUGGAUGAAGAGUAUGUGAAGACACCUCACAAAUCCUCAGAAAGAGGCCUGUCCAUGUUCAUACUGUGGAAUGGAUCAGUGUGCACUCUGUGUGAUGUGGCAACACUCAUGCUUCUUUGGUUUUAUUACAAGGCUUACACUGAUGUGACUCAGAAGUUUUUCCAUUCAGCUUGGUUCAUUGAAGGUGUUCUCUUGCAGACCUUCAUCAUCCACUUGAUCAGGACUGAGAAAAUCCCUUUCAUGCAGGAGGUUGCAUCUUGGCCUGUGAUUUUCUCAACUGUUUUGACUUCUGCAAUUGGAAUUGCUCUUCCUUUCACACCCAUUGGGAAGGUCAUGGGAUUCUCCCUUCUGCCCCUCUCAUAUUUCGGAUUUUUGUUUAUUCUUUUUCUUGGCUAUUUUAUAGUUGGCCAUGUGGUUAAGAGACUUUACAUAUUGGUUUAUAAGAGGUGGCUUUGAAUAUCAAUAUUUUUCAUCCCAGUUUUGUUUCCAUAUAGCGUUGAGUAUAUAGGUGGUGAUGAUUCCACAUAUAGACUUUGUGAGAGAUGUGUUUGUGAAUGCUUUGUUGAAAAAAUUCAUGGGUUAGUUGUCUUGGAAUAGUACAUUCUCUAAUCCUUUUCUCUAA